AUGGAGCGAACAAGUAGCAUUAGGAAAAGAGCCAUGGCAAGACAACAUAAAGCUGAAGUCAUGAUUGCUGGAGAACAGCUCAGGUUGAGGCUUCAUGAUGGGAAACUGAUAAAGGACCGACGCUACCACCUGCGCACAUAUCCUAACUGUUUUGUGGCUCAGGAACUUACAGACUGGCUUGUGAGCCAUAAGGAGGCCCCUGACCGAGCAACUGCUGUGUGCCUAAUGCAGCACCUCAUUGAUCAAGACAUUGUUCACCACGUGUGUGAUAAAAGGCCUGUCUUCAAGGAUGCUAAACUGCUGUAUCGUUUCCGUACGGAUGAUGGCACAUUUCCCCUCAAUACAGAGGUGAAAAUCUUCAUGAGAGGACAUCGAUUAUAUGAUCAUCUCAUCGGAGACAAGAACUCUAUUCUAGAGCUAAGAGAAGAACAUGGUGUUCAAUAUCAGCGCUCCUUUCCUGGAUGUCAGUUAAUUGACUGGCUGCUUCAGAAUGGAGAGGCAGAGAGCCGGCGUCAGGGAAUAGAGCUGUGCCGGGCAUUGCAGGAGCAUGGCAUCAUUCAACAUGUGACAAAGAAGCGUGACUUUUUUGACAGUGGAUUGCUCUAUCAGUUCUGCAUCAAUUUUCGCCGCCGUCGCCGUCUUUCUGAGCUGUUAAAUGAAAGUGAACAAGACAACGAUGAAAGUGUUGUGGUGGCGACGCCAGGGGACAACCAUACUGAUAGUCCGUUUGUUCUGCGCAAAAGCCAACUUCAGGAGGGCAACAGUGCUUUUCAGUCCGUGGGAUCAAGUAAAGACUUAAAACAGGUUACCAGUGGGCGUCGAGGCAGCUUGAGCUCACUUCAGCUUCACACAGAUGGAUUUCCACUGCUCGUCCAGCCGUCCUCAGCAUCACUGGUGAGAUAUAAUCCUAAAUCAGUACUUCGAAGACAUUUUACAUGUGAAGAGUUACUAGCACCUGGUGCACCCUUCAUCAAGAAAGUGUUGACGGUGAUAGGAGACGCCCUGGGUUGGGGCUUUGUUAUCAGAGGCAUCGCUCCUGUUUAUGUGCAGGCUGUAGAUCCUGAAAGCCCUGCAGCCACUGCUGGAGUUAAGGCUCGGCAGUUUGUGUGCCAGGUGAAUGGCCAGUGUGUUCUCCACCUGGACUACAAGACAGUCACAAGAUUGGUGAUGACAGGAACUCGCACUGUAGUACUCGAGGUGAUGGAACCCCUAGAAUGA